AUGAUCAACGCAUUUCUAGUGUUCAACGGACAGGGCCAGCCUCGUUUGACAAAGUUCUACACGCAGCUUGAAACAAGCAUACAGCAGCGGUUAAUCUCGGAGAUAUUCACACUUGUAAACAAUCGGCCCGCUGGAUCGUGCAACUUCCUACCGCUACCACCCCUGCUCGCCGCAUCGGGGACCUCACAGACCUCCUCGGAGGAGCAGAACGACGUUCCAACCCUCGUGACCUACCGGUCCUAUGCGACCCUGUUUUUCAUCAUCAUAUCGACAUCGACCGAAUCGCCACUUGCCCUGAUCGAUCUCAUCCAAGUCUACGUCGAGGCCCUGGACAAGCUGUUCGAGAAUGUGUGCGAGCUGGACCUCAUAUUCAACUUCGAAAGCCUGCACGCGACACUGUCGGAAAUGAUCAUAGGCGGGGUGGUCAUUGAAACAAAUCUGGACCGCAUAGUAUCUGGUGUCAAGGCACAGGGCACAGUGGCGAAAAGACCGGUUAACGAGGGCCGGAGUACUGGUAUCGGCGCAGGGCUGGGCAUGGGCUCGAAUUUCGCGUGGACCGGACGGUGA